AUGCAGACCGUUCACUCCUGCAUCGCAUGCAAGCACUUCAAAAAUGACUCAUUCCUCAGCGUAUGUGACAGGGGCAUCAACAGGAGGGUGGCCGGGAGGCAGACCAACUUCGGGAUGGUGUCACGUGAUAUAGGGAUGAGGCAGUGGCACCAAAAGGAGAUGGUGCGGCUGGAGCUCCGCCGGAACAAGAUAGCGUGCCAGGACAGCGACGGGCUGUCCCUACAAAUCCCCUAUAGACCGCUGACCGGGGGGUCCACGUACGGCAUCCCCCUUCCCUACUUGUGGGUCUACACGCAGCCUUCCAGGUUCGAGGAUCGACCCCUUGCUCUGGAGCAGUGGAACGGAAAGAUGCGGUUGGAGACCAGCGAUCUCCCCAAGAUCUCGCCUCCCAGGACGAUCGAACAGUACUGCCAAUCUCGGAGGUCGCGUGGUGGACCCCCGGGGAACACCCCUCAGGUGCAGCCUGAGCUGAUUGCUGUGCCAAAGAACUCAAAGUUUCCUGCAAUCAACAUGAAUGUCUCGGAGGGCCUUUACCGUGUUGCUUGA